AUGCAAAUUCAGAUCAAGACACUCACGGGCAGAAAGCAGACGUUUAACUUUGAACCAGACAAUACGAUCUUACAUGUAAAGCAAGCACUACAGGAGAAGGAAGGAAUUCAGGUGGAUCAGAUCCGUCUUAUCUACAGUGGCAAACAACUAGCUGAUGAUAAGACAUUGCAGGAUUACAAUGUGGCAGCCGGUGGUACAAUUCACAUGGUUCUACAGCUUCGUGGGGGAUGGUAG